AUGCGAAAAGGCGAUGUAGAACUCGGGUCGCCGGGGAGGGAGAAGACCAAGAAGGACAAUACCAUCAAUACGGGGCUAGAAGCAUUCUUUAGUCAUUUGUCCGACGCUGUAGCAACUCGGUUAUUUUCAGGAGAAAUGUUCCAGGAAGACACCAGACAUAGAUACCAGGCAUGUGGACGUAUUAGAGUCCGCGGAAACUCCCCAAACGAAAAUAAGAAACGGUCAUGCAAAAUCAACUUCAGUGAACUCCAUGCCCAUCUAAAAUCCCCACCCCGCUCUUUGCCUAUCCAAAUCGCUGGGCGGGAAGCUCCCCGAAUAUCAAAUAAGCCCGACUCUUAG